UUUGCUAGACCCAAAUUUACUAGCUCCAACAUCUCGCAGCUUCCCUUUCUCUCUCUCUCUCCUUCUUCAAAAUGGGUUCAAAGAAUCAGAACAAACCUCCAUUUCAACACAACCCCUCUCCAACACCAACUUGCACUGCCACCCCAAGCCCUUUAAAAAAGAAAUACAUUGCUGAUGAGGUAAGUGUAGAGAAGGGACAAAGGCUUGGACUUGACAAAAUGGUUGGCACUGCAAAUAAUGGUAGGCUCCGGCUAGCUUUUUCACUUGUAAAUGGCUCCCAAGAUCUUGGCCCCAAUAGUGCGCCUGCGAGUAAUGCAGGUUCAGAAUGUGGUGGCAUUGAGUUCACCAGAGAGGAUGUGGAGGCAUUAGUGAGUGAGAAAAUGAGAUACAAGAACAAAUUUAACUAUAAGGAGAGAUGUGAGAAUAUGAUGGAGUAUAUAAAGAGGCUUAGGCUUUGCAUUAAAUGGUUCCAAGAACUUGAGGGAGAGUAUGCAUUUGAGCAAGAGAAAUUAAGGAGUGCUUGGGAAUUGACUGAGAGGAGAUGCUCUGAAAUGGAUUUGGCUCUCAAAAACAAGGAUGAAGAACUGAAUUUGAUAAUUUUGGAGCUUAGAAAGAGCUUGGCUUCCUUACAAGAGAAGCUUGCAAAAGAAGAAUCAGAGAAGAAGGCUGCGGUGGAUUCUCUUGCUAAAGAGAAAGAAGCUAGGAUUAAUAUUGAAAGGUCACAAGCAUCUCUUUCAGAAGAUCUUGAUAAAGUUCAAGGCGAGCUUGAUGGUGCCAAUCAAAGGAUAGCAUCAAUUAAUGAUAUGUACAAGCUACUGCAAGAGUAUAACUCAAGUUUACAGUUAUAUAACAGUAAACUCCAGACAGAUCUUGAUGCAGCUCAUGAAACCAUUAAGCGUGGAGAGAAGGAGAGAUCAGCCAUAGUGGAGAAUCUUCAUAAUUUAAGGGGUCAGCAUAAAUCCUUGCGAGAUCAACUCACUUCAUCUAUAGCUUCACAAGAUGAGGCUAUGAAGCAAAAAGAUGCUUUGGUGAAUGAAGUUGCAUGUCUUAGAAUGGAGCUACGGCAGAUUAGAGAUGAUCGUGACCUCUAUCAACAACAAGUGCAAACUCUAACUGCUGAAGUGUCUAAAUACAAAGAGUUGGCAACCAACUCAAGUGAAUUAGAGGAAAAAUGUUUGUCUCAAGGUAAUCAGAUACAAAUAUUGCAUGAUCAACUAGCAGUUGCAGAGAGGAAAUUGCAGAUGUCUGAUAUGUCUGCACUUGAGACAAGAGUUGAAUUUGAAGGGCAAAAGAAACUUAUAAACGAGUUACAAAAUCGCUUAGAAGAUGCAGAAUUUAAACUUACAGAAGGAGAGAAGUUACGUAAGAAGUUGCAUAACACUAUAUUGGAAUUGAAAGGGAACAUCCGUGUAUUUUGUAGAGUGCGGCCUCAGUUGCCUGACGAUUGUUCAAGUAACCAGGGGAAGGUUGUCUCUUAUCCCACAUCAAUGGAAUACCUUGGACGUGGCAUUGACAUGACACAAAAUGGGCAGAAGCACUCUUUCACUUUUGACAAGGUUUUUUUGCCUGAUGCAUUGCAAGAGGAAGUUUUUGUAGAAAUAUCGCAACUUGUCCAAAGUGCUCUUGAUGGUUACAAGGUUUGCAUUUUUGCUUAUGGGCAAACAGGCUCGGGUAAAACCUACACCAUGAUGGGCAGACCAGGACAGCCAGAAGAAAAGGGAUUGAUACCUCGUUCAUUGGAACAAAUAUUUCAAACUAGGCAAGCUCUUCAGCCUCAAGGCUGGAGAUAUGAAAUGCAGGUCUCAAUGUUAGAAAUAUACAAUGAAACAAUUCGUGAUUUGUUAUCAACAAAUCGGGAUGUGUCACGAACUGAAAAUGGUGUGGCUGGAAAGCAAUAUACAAUCAAACAUGAUGCAAAUGGAAACACACAAGUCUCAGAUCUUACUAUUGUGGAUGUUCAAAGCAGUAGAGAGGUCUCAUAUCUUUUAGAUCGGGCUGCACAAAGCAGAUCUGUUGGGAAGACCCAGAUGAAUGAACAGUCAUCAAGAAGUCAUUUUGUUUUCACAAUGCGAAUAACUGGAGUUAAUGAGAGCACUGAACAACAAGUACAAGGUGUCCUGAAUCUAAUUGAUCUUGCUGGAAGUGAGCGUCUUUCCAAGAGUGGCUCAACAGGGGACCGGUUAAAAGAGACUCAGCGCGUUUGCUGGGGAGAGGGUAAUGACCCCGUGACAAGUGAUAUCAAAGCAGAUCGGACCUCGUCUGACUCACGCCAAGAGCUCGGGCUCAAGGGGACUCAGGGUAGGUAG